GGGCGGUUAGUGAUUGGCCAGGGGCGGCCGCUCCCCUUCCCGGGAAGGGAGGAUGGCUCGGCCACGCCCUUUGGGCUAUUGGCAGCUGCCGGCUGUGGAGCGUGUAGCAUCUCCGGCGACGCUCGGGGAAGAGAUCAGAUCUGAAUGUGACCGGCUCGUCCCUUCCGAUGUGGCUUUUCCCGGAGGAAGCGGGACAUUCCCUCGGAUCAGCACCAAAAGAAAAUCCAAUGCAGGCUAAUCGUAACUGAAGAACAGAAGGGUAAUAGUCUAUGAUCACAAGGUGACUCAGUAUGCCAACAGCUUUAUGGAAACUCACCUUUGCACAAUAGGUAUCUUUCAUUGACUUGAACGCACACAAAGUCAGCAAACAUGUCAGAACUCAACCCUACCUCUGGACUAUUAGCAGAUAUGGAAAAUGGGACUUUUCUGGAAUUGUAUCCCACAUCACUCUCAACAUCUAUGGAUUCAUCAUCAGGACACAUGUCUAAUGUCUAUGUCUACGUCUCAAUAUUCCUCAGUCUCUUGGCCUUCCUGCUGUUGCUAUUAAUCAUUGCUCUUCAGAGGCUGAAGAACAUCAUCUCUUCCAGCUCUUCCUAUCCAGAAUAUACCAGCGAUGCUGGAAGUUCCUUCACUAACUUAGAAGUUUGUAGUAUUUCUUCCCAGCGGUCUGUCUUUUCCAAUCUGUCUUCAUGAAAAUGCAAAGGAAUGUGCUGGAGGAUGGAACAGCUUCCUCUCACUUUGGGAUGGAAGUUAUAUGCAUGCGGUACUUGCCUCUGAAGACCACUAUUCAUCAAAAAAGACUUUUCAUUCUCACUUUGAUUUCCCUUUCAGUUGUUAGUCUCCAUCCCCCUCCCUGUUCAUGAAUGAUGCUUUUCAGCCCUGAGCACAGAAACUGACUUCACUCAUAGUCUCCUGUCUGUAAUAAUGUUGCAGCUUUGCAGAGGUUUUGCAGCCGAUUGGGAAGAUGAGGCAGGUAUUUAAGACUAAUCCAAGGAAAUAUCCCGCUUACCUGGAUUUGUCACUUGCAUUACAGUGAUGGCUUGUGGACUCAUUCAGCAUAACAACUUUUAAUCCAAUCCUCCCCCCACCUACCCACCCACACACACACCAAAUACCACCAAAUAAAUGUAAUAUGGAAGAGACUCCUUGGCUAAUUGAAAGCUAUUUGCCUGGACCUUAACAUUCUUACUGUGCCAUCGCUACAGAAUUUUCAGAAAACAAAGCUAACAAACAUUAGUUUUAAAUUACGCUGAUGAACAGUCCUUGUGUAUUUUCCUGUGUACUCUUUAACUGACUCAUUGUCUGACGUUUAUUUUAACCAAGCAACUACAAUAAAUGUGCUCACUAGUUC